GCGCGUAACUUGUGCCAGGUUACGCUCGAAAAAAUUUAUAAUAAUAAAUAAAAAAGAAAAGUGCUCUGUGCUGCAAUUAAAUUAAUUUUCUAGUUAUUUAUAAACAAAUUAAAUCAAAUUAGUGCAAAAUGUCUGUCAAAUGGACCAUGUCGCACAAAGGAUUAAAACAUUUUAUUGGAUUUUUGGCGAUUAUUGCAAUGUUAAUUGAUCUGCCGACAACGCAAGCGGUGCGUAUUGGUAGUCCACAGCUGCAACCACAACGUAACAGAAAAGACAAACAGCCGGACCAGACGCCAGCCGGCUCCUAUUGGCAACAGCAUGUGGCCGCGCCCAGCAGUUCGACGCCCUUCGACUCGCCCUUCUUUUCGGCCACACACGGCCUCGUCCAGACGCACCCAUCACUAGGGGCAAGCAUACCACGCCCCGUGCCUCUCAAUAGCAACAGUCUGGGCAGCGGUUUGCCUGCAGGCGGAGGGCCCUCCCUCACCGCCGGCAGUGGCUACCUAAACUCCCGCGGCAACUUGCCCAGCUCGGCGCGCUAUCCGGCCAAUAAAAUCACCGGAACUGUUGUUAAUCCCAAUCCUAAGUCUCCAUUCCGCCACUUGGACUUCUCGACGAGCGCCACCGCCGAGCUGCGACGCAAUCCCGCUCUCUCGGCUCCCGAUGAGUGCGCCCGCGCCUGCCGUGAAGGAGAACCUCCGAGAAUCUGCUACUACCAUUUCACAUUGGAGUACUACACCGUACUGGGCGCCGCCUGCCAGGUGUGCACACCUAACGCCACCAACACGGUCUGGAGUCACUGUCAGUGCGUGUUGGCCGAUGGAGUGGAACGUGGCAUUCUCACUGCAAAUCGUAUGAUACCCGGCCCCAGUAUUCAGGUGUGCGAGAACGACAAGGUUGUCAUUGAUGUGGAGAAUCAUAUGGAGGGCAUGGAGGUGACCAUUCACUGGCAUGGCAUUUGGCAGCGUGGCUCGCAGUACUACGAUGGUGUGCCUUUCGUCACCCAAUGUCCCAUCCAGCAGGGCAACACCUUCCGCUACCAGUGGACGGGCAAUGCGGGUACCCAUUUCUGGCACUCUCACACUGGUCUGCAAAAACUGGACGGUUUGUAUGGCAGCGUUAUUGUCCGUCAGCCGCCGUCCCGUGAUCCAAACUCGCAUCUGUACGACUUCGAUCUGACCACGCACAUUAUGCUCAUUAGCGAUUGGUUGCAUGAGGAUGCUGCCGAACGCUAUCCCGGACGUUUGGCUGUCAACACAGGCCAGGAUCCCGAGUCGAUGCUGAUCAACGGCAAGGGCCAGUUCCGUGACCCCAACACCGGCUUCAUGACUAACACACCACUUGAGAUAUUCACGAUCACACCCGGUCGUCGCUAUCGCUUCCGCAUGAUCAAUGCCUUCGCCUCCGUGUGUCCGGCCCAAGUCACAAUCGAGGGACACGGAAUGACAGUGAUUGCGACAGAUGGCGAGCCAGUGCAUCCGGUUGAUGUCAACACGAUCAUUUCGUUCUCAGGCGAACGUUACGAUUUCGUUAUCACCGCCGAUCAGCCCGUUGGUGCCUAUUGGAUUCAAUUGCGUGGUCUCGGCGAAUGCGGCAUCAGACGUGCCCAGCAACUGGCCAUUCUGCGCUACGCCCGCGGUCCCUAUCAGCCAGCAUCGCAGCCACCAACCUACGAUGUGGGCAUUCCACAGGGUGUGGUCAUGAACCCUCUGGACGCACAAUGUAACCGACAACGCAACGACGCCGUCUGUGUCAGUCAAUUGAAAAACGCUCAAGAGAUCGAUCGUGGAAUUCUAGCAGAGAAGCCAGAUGUAAAGAUCUUUUUGCCCUUCCGCUUCUUCGUCUAUCGUGCCGAGGAUCUCUUCCAGCCGAACACCUACAAUCGAUUCCUGGUGGCACCCACGGGCGAUCAUGUCAUCUCGCUUAUCGAUGAGAUCUCCUACCUGUCUGCUCCAGCCCCACUCACCUCCCAGUACAACGACAUCAAUCCCGAACAGUUCUGCAAUGGCGAUAACCGACCCGCCGACUGUGGUCCCAACUGUAUGUGCACGCACAAGAUCGAUAUACCGCUCAAUGCGAUUGUCGAAGUCGUUUUGGUUGAUGAAGUACAACAACCAAACUUGUCGCAUCCGUUCCAUUUGCACGGCUACGGCUUUAAUGUCAUUGGUAUUGGUCGUUCUCCAGACACUACUGUGAAGAAAAUCAACUUGAAACACGCUCUAGAUUUGGACAGACGCGGUCUUCUCCACAGACAGUACAAUCUGCCGCCAGCGAAGGACACUAUUGCGGUACCCAACAAUGGCUAUGUGGUAUUACGUUUCAGAGCCGACAAUCCCGGUUUCUGGCUCUUCCAUUGUCACUUCCUAUUCCACAUCGUUAUCGGUAUGAAUCUGAUAUUGCAGGUCGGCACAAACGCCGACUUGCCGCCCGUGCCGCCAGGUUUCCCAACAUGCGGUGAUCACACGCCACCCAUACCCAUUAAUUAAGCUAGACGGUAACAAAAAAAAAACAGAAAUCCUUUUGCCUUAUUGCAAAAAACAAAAACAAAACAGAAAAACAAAACAAAAAGCAGCAAGACCUACCAACUGAAUGAACACUUUGUACAAAGUUUAAGAGACAGCGUCUGUAUAAUAGAUUAGUAUUUCUUGUACAUACAUACAUAUAAACUGCACCUAGCACAGAACCAGCAACAACUACAACAGCGACAAUAUUUUAUUGUUUCGCGUAAACUUGCCAACACAAACCACUGCGCUCCCCAAAAUCCUUUUAAGCUCUGCUAUCGCUUUGCACAACCACCAAACCACUCCCCCCAAAGUUGGAGAAAAUGGCAGCCUCGAAAUGAACACCAGUCAUAAAUAUGUAUGUUAUACACUCUAUUUUUUUUAUUUAAACAAAAAUGUACCCCAUCCCGCACAAUCUAUUUGAUUCGAAUGUCCGCGAGCAUUUCGAGCUCUCAAUAAUUCCCAUUAGUGGAAGAUUGUUGGCUCGAAAUCGCUCCGCAUUGACAAAGCCAUUUUAUGCAAUUGAUCACUAAAAAUUUUGAUUCUUCUACAAGUAUUGUAUUUUUUCCAAAUGCCUAUACAUAUGUACAAAAAUUUGCCUCCCUAGUAGCUUUU